AAUAAGUGAAGUCAUAAAUCUUGUUUGUGGCAUACAGUUUUUAACAAACAGUUUCUGCAAAAUGGAUGACCUGAUUAGCCUUUCCUAAUGUUGUGUGAUCACACAGCAUGUCUCUUUCCAUGAAUAGGUUGCUGAAUACCUCAAAUACCUUUGAGCACAACCAAUCAUUAAUUAAGAAGCUUUUAUAUUUUCUUAUUUCAUUCUUCAUGUAAGCCUUUUUAAAGUUAAUUAUCAGAUACAUAACAACUCAGCAGUAAAUAUUUUUCUAGCUUGAAACCCACCAGUAAAAUAAAAAGUACACCCAAUUCAAAAAGAUCAAAAUGCUUAUUGAAUCGCUUGCUAAAAAUUCCUGUUUACCACAAAAAACUUUUAUGGGUAGGUUUGUUAAGAGCCUAUUAACAGAGAAAUGGAGACAUAUGGAGUUAUUAGCUGUUGAAAACUGUCAGCUUCACCCUGAUCAUAAUGUUCUUGAGGUUGGUUUUGGACCAGGUAUUGGACUUCAAGCAGCCUACAAUAUAAUUAAAAAUGGUAAAGGAAAAGUAACUGGAUUGGAUCUUUCACCUUACAUUCUGGAAGAGGCUACCAAACUAAUGAGUGAAGGCAUCAUCAAAAAACAAGUGGAACUACAUCUAGGAAAUGUUAUGGAAAUGCCAUUUCAAUCCAAUUCUUUUGAUCGACUUUUUCACUGCAACACUUUUUAUUUUUGGCCAGAUCUUAAUAAAAGUGCUCAAGAGUUGUAUCGUGUUUUAAAGCCUGGCUGUUUUAUGGUUACUGUACUUAACCAAAGAUACCUAAAAUAUAUGAAAACUAUAGGUGUUUUACGAUAUGGUGAUGCAGAUGUUCAAAAGUAUAUGAAUGCACUCCUUCAAAGUAAGUUUGAAAAUAUUAAGAUCAGCCAUGGAAAAUAUGGGAUUAAGCCGUAUCAAAUUAUUACAGCUUAUACUGGAAAUAAACAGGAAUGAGUAAUACAUUUGAAUUAAGGAAUUUUGUUAUACACCGUUUUUCAAAUUUAGAAAGUAUAAAAUUUUUUCUGCUUUUCAUCAUAUGAAUUGUAAAACUAAUAACAAUUUUGUAAAGAGGUAUAAAAUUUUAGACCUUUUGUGUGGAUAUACAGAGCAAAUAAUGGAUUAAAACACACACAAAUUAUCUGUAACAACCUUAUUUUCAAUACCAUUUUAUUAAUAUUGACUAAGUGUAACGAAUUGAUUUGGCGGUUUUUUUUAUUGACACUUAUUUCAUGCACUAAUAUAUGUAAAGUUUUCUCAAGCAAUAUUUGAAUUCAAGACAAUAAAGUAUUAAAAUAAGUACUGUAAA